UCAUCACAACUCGCCGUCGCUUGAUGACAUGACACCGUCAAUAUGGAAAUAACGCGGAAGCAUUUCCGUAGCAUUCAGAGCACGUAACAAUACGCCUUCUAAUCACGAAUUCUUCCAGCAUUCGUUCUAAACGGACUUCAGACUCAACAUAUUCGACAGUUGAAAAAUGUGUGCGAGACCGACAGCGGAGCAAGCGGAGGAACUACUUUGUGGAAUAAAAGAGGAGAAGGAACGAAAGGUUUUCUUCCAACAGUUUGCAGAUGUCAGCACACAAUAUCUUCAUCCCGAACAACCGGACCUUCACAUUAAACAGGAGGAAGAACCGGAAAUCAAAGAGGAAGAGGAGGAGGACUCUAUCACAAAGUUUCAAUUGACAUUUUCCCCUUUCAAGAUUGAAACGGAAGACCCGAGCGAAGAAGCGGAGCCUCCGAGCGGCGUCUCUGAAGCGAACCUCAUCGCUCCGCUAUCCAACAGCGACGUCACCGAGGACGACGGCGAUUACGCCGACGACAGAGAACGUUCCCGAGGUGACGAAACGGAGCAAAAACGCUGGAAAUGUUCUCAGUGUGGCAAAAAACUGAGCUCCAAGGGCAAUUUGAACAAGCACAUGAGAAUACACACCGGAGAGAAACCCUUCGUUUGCUCCGUUUGCGGCAAAGGCUUCGCCGCCAAGAUCAACUUAACCCGACACACCAGGGGACACACCGGAGAGAAACCGUUUGCCUGCUCCUUUUGCGACAACCGCUUCUCCGCCAUGUCCAGUUUGAAAUGCCACACCCGGACGCACACCGGAGAGAAACCUUUUCGCUGCUCGAUUUGCUUCAAAUGCUUCUCCGACAAGACCAAUUUAGCCACGCACACGAGGAUACACACCGGAGUGAAACCGUUCGUCUGUUUGGCGUGCGGCAAAAGCUACUCGGAUAAGUCGAGUUUAAAAUCUCACGCCAGGACGCACGCCGGAGAAAAACCGUUUGCGUGCUCCUUUUGCGCAAAACAGUUCUCGGCCAAAACGAGCUUAAGCAGACACGUGAGGACGCACACCGGCGAGAAACCGUUUGCCUGCUCCUUUUGCGGUCGAACGUUCGCCAUCAAGUCCAGUUUAACGCUACACACCAGAAAGCACACUGGAGAGAAACCUUUUGGUUGCUCCGUUUGCGGGCAGAGUUUUACCAGGAAUGCAAAUUUAAAAAAACACAGACAAGAGAAGAUGCAUUAACGAAUUCACUACUAAAGACGUACGAGCAAUGUUGUUUAUGAUGUCGAACUGCUCAUUAAUAAAAAACAAAAAAGAAUAGGAACUUUUUCUUUUUUUUUUUUUUUAAAGAUGGUAGAUGGGAAUCUAAUCUUUUUGUAAAUCCUGUGUUCAUGUGGCUAUAAAACGCAAUAUUCCGUGGCGCUUGAAAGAAGGGGGAUGUCUCGUGAUAUGAUGUUUGCUAUUGAGUGAGUUAAUUGGCCGCCAUUGACAACAAUAAACAAACCAGAGUUGAUUUAACUCUUUGAGUGUCAAUUAUGAUGGUAGACGUCCAAUCGUGGGGCUCUUUUAAUCCUUAUGAAUGAAUUUAUUGCUAGUGGAGGUCCAGUCCAUUUGAAGUUGAAGGAUGGCAGUUUGUUCUUUCGCUGCCAUCCCUCCUACUUCAAAUGGAUUGGAUGUCUUAAAAAUUGAACUGUAUUUACAAUGAGAACACAGUAACACAACAUAAAAUAAAAAGACUCCAACAACUGUCCAACUGUUCUAAUAGCUUUAAUUUUAUUUGAAAAAUUAAAUCAUUGGCUGCCAUUGACAACGAUAAACGUCCAAUCCAUUAGGAAUGACGGCAACGGCAACCCACGAGUUAAAUUGAAGUGCGAAGACUUUAAUGAAGAUGUAAAUUUAUCAGUGACAGAAGAAGCUUUGUGUUUUAUGCUUUGUGCCUAGAAAACAGUGGUUUCAUUUGGACAUGUCAAUAAAAGAUGUACCGUACAUUAUUUUGUCAUUUUCCCAGUAACAAAAAUUUGACACAAAAAAAAAAAAUAGAUUUGAUGGUUACAUUUUUUAACAUAUAAAUGGCGGAAAACACUGACUAUAAGCCGCAGCCCACCAAAUUUGGCACGAAAACGGCAUUUGUUCAUAGAUAAGCCGCACUGGACUAUAAGCCGCAGCUGUCCUCAAUGUAUCAUGGGAUAUUUACACCAAAAGAUAUUAACCGGUAAAACUUUAUUUGACAGCGGCAUCAUACGACCGACUGUCAUAAGACCAAAUGAACCAUCAUUAAACUUUGAACCAAUUACUGCAAAACUUUAUUGCUUCAAGAAGCUUCAUUUGGCCAUCACUGCUACAUUGGGGAAGACAAUCAACCUCUGCUGCCACCUGCUGUUGAGUGUUGUCAUCCAACAUGCCUCUUAGCAUGCAUUGCAGUGCGACAGAUGUAAAUAACAAUCAAAAAUCAUGUUCUGUGCUAAAUAUUUCCUCAGUUACUGUUCCAGUUGUUUCAUCAAUUGCUAGUUAUGGUAUUUGCUAACACUUUAUUUGACAGUGGUGCCAUAAGACUGUCAUUACACAAUCAUAAUUAUGACAUGUCUCUGUCCUGAGCAUUCAUGAAUGUUUAUAACAGAUGUCAUUAAGUGUUAUCCGGCAAAUGAUCUCACUUAUGAAUGGAUGCAAAAGAUCCAAGA